AUGGCUUCCACCGCGCUGAAUCUGCCUGAAAAGGUGCCCCUCCGGCGCAAUGUGACGGACUCAACCGAGUCCUCUGCUGUCGUGUCUCCCAUCGACUCGCCCCGGCCUUCGGCCUCGUCGACGUCGCUGUCGUCUCUGUCGUCGGUUGAUGUGAACGGCGCCGACGGCAAGGAGGUCGAGUUUGGCCGCCUUGUCGACACAUACGGCAACGAGUUCAAGGUGCCCGACUUCACCAUCAAGGACAUCCGCGAUGCCAUCCCCAAGCACUGCUUCCAGCGCUCCGCCCUCAAGGGCUAUGCGUACAUCCUCCGCGACAUCGUCUGCCUGGCCACGACCUUCUAUGUCUUCCACAACUACGUGACCCCCGAGACGGUGCCAUCGACGCCCGUCCGCGGCGCUCUCUGGGCCGUCUACACGAUCCUGCAGGGCCUGUUCGGCACUGGCCUCUGGGUCAUUGCCCACGAGUGUGGCCACGGCGCCUUUUCCGACUCGCGCCUGAUCAACGACAUGACUGGCUGGGUGCUGCACUCGGCGCUGCUGGUCCCCUACUUUAGCUGGCAGAUCUCGCACCGCAAGCACCACGCGGCCACGGGCAACAUGGAGCGCGACAUGGUCUUCAUCCCCCGCACCCGCGAGCAGCACGCCUCCCGCAUCGGCAAGAUGGUUCACGAGCUGUCGGAGCUGACCGAGGAGACGCCCGCUUACACGCUCUUCAUGCUGGUCAUGCAGCAGCUCGUCGGCUGGCCCAACUACCUGCUUACCAACAUCACCGGCCACAACAACCACGAGCGCCAGCGCGAGGGCCGCGGCAAGGGCAAGCACAACGGCCUUGGCGGCGGUGUCAACCACUUCUACCCCAGCAGCCCGCUGUACGAGGCCAAGGACGCCAAGCUGAUCGUCCUCAGUGACAUUGGCCUGCUACUCGCCUUUGGCACCCUCUACUACCUCGGCAACACCUUUGGCUGGUACAACAUGGCCAUCUGGUACUUCAUCCCGUACCUCUGGGUUAACCACUGGCUCGUUGCUAUCACCUUCCUCCAGCACACCGACCCCUCGCUGCCUCACUACACCGCCGAGGAGUGGAACUUCGUCCGAGGCGCCGCUGCCACCAUCGACCGCGAGAUGGGCUUCAUCGGCCGCCACCUGCUGCACGGCAUCAUCGAGACGCACGUUCUGCACCACUACGUCGCCACCAUUCCCUUCUACAACGCCGACGAGGCCACCGAGGCCAUCAUCCCCGUCAUGGGCCAGCACUACCGCUCCGACGUCAAGGACGGCGCCGUCGGCUUCAUCCGCGCUCUGUGGCGGAGCGCUCGCAUGUGCCACUGGGUCGAGCCCAGCGCCGAGGCCAAGGGCCACGGCAAGGGCGUCUUGUUCUUCCGCAACCGCAACGGCCUGGGCACCAAGCCCAUGGUGCUGCCCAAGCCCGAGUAA